AAGGCAGCCACGCUAAGGAGAGGAGUCGGUUGAGGAGGCGACUGGAUUUCCUCCAGGAUUUUCCACAGAUGGAGGCAGUCACUGGUUUCUUUCCUCUUUUUCCAGUUCUUACGAUUCCACCAGACUAUCAUAUAUCCUUUGCCCGGCAGACGUUCACAGCCAACAGCCUGGAAACAUUCUGUCUAGAUUCCAACCACCUUUGCCAAUGAGUUUGCUACUGAGGCUCUCGAGUGGCUUGAUCGUCUACUCAGACACUGCGGCCAACCGGCUGUCGACCUUCGGGGGAAACAGUUGGGGCCAGUCAUUAGGAGGCUCGUGUACCGUCAGCGACGUCUGUUCCACUGCUACAGACGCACUGAGAGUUUGUCCGCAUUUGCUCAACUCGCUCUUUGGUUCUCUCGCAAACCCGUCACAACUGAGCCUUUCCCACGUUCAAUUUUCUUGGGCCGGCAUUACCGUAGUGCAAACUCCCUCCCAUCAUCUCAGUCCAACACUCGCACAGCAUACAUGUUCUCCGUGGCCAGACUUGGAACGCGACGACCUCAAUAUUCGUUAUGGCCUUUACAGCUUCCUCGCAGUAUGUGGCACUGGUCUUUGCCUGCUGAAGCCAGUUGCUGUCGCUCUGUUCGGCAACUUGGUGCCGGCACCACCCCGCUCCAACGAGAAUCAACGUUCCCUGGUCAUCGAACAAUGGUCUACAGGCUGGUUGACCUUCAGCGACUUCCUCACUCGCCCACCCAUUUCACAGCUACUUCGAGAAGUGGUCACCAAGCCUAAAGUAUACCUUGCGCAGUUCGUGUGCAGACCAGGGAGCAUCACUUCAGGUAGUAAGACUCACGAAUACGAUGGGGUUUUGGCUUCUGAACCUGGAGAACGUCGGAGCAGGAAGAGAGCUACAAAGUCAGGCGGGAGCGCUACUCCUAGUACCACAAGCCGCGGGCGUAGUAGGAAACGCCAGCGUGUUGCGGUCGCCCCCAAACCAAAAACCGUCAGGAAGGGGAGGCUUUUCGCGUGCCACUUUUACGCGCACGACACUGUUGCUCAUGAGUGCUGCCGACACUACAAAUUCGACGAAGUGAGGGAUAUCAAGAGGCACAUGACAGAAGAGGGUAGAGGCAAUCACCGCCAGCCCAUCCAUUGUGUCAUUUGCUUCUCCUUAUUCGACACAUUCGCAGAGCGCAGCGCACAUUUGAGAUUACGAACAUGCCGUGCCGGUGUCUGUAAUUUCGAUGCUUCUGGUCUAAACGAAGACCAAAUAGCUUCUAUUCGGGGACUUAAGAAGUCUCGCGGUGAAGAUGAGAAGGAAUUCUGGUUCAAGAUCUGGGACAUUAUCUUCCCAGGCGAGCAGAGACCAUUAUCCCCCUACUCUGACGACGUCGACGAGCUCGCGACAAGACGCCGGGUCGCUCCCAGAAUGGCCUUAGGUGUGCAACAACUUGGCCUAAGGCUUGGGUGGAGUGACAACGACGUCCAAGAGGUCAUUCGUGUGCUAGACAGCAGCUGGGGUCCAGGCCUGGCAGUGUCGCCAUCGCCAGUCGAGCAACACACUUCUUCUCAAGCUGUCAUCGGCAUUCAGUCAUCGCCUACACCUUCGUCACGUCCCUCCAAUUCAUCUACGCGUUCCAUUCAAAGCCAAGUGUUCCCCAACAGCUCCGCUCCCGCCACGGCCUCUCUCCAGUCUCCCCCAAACUCAGCCAGUCCGACAAAUACAGCCAAUUUCAGUGGAUUGCAACCCCGGUCGAGGUCUAAUCCUUUUCAGAGCCCGUUUGAACCAUUCAAUGCUCCGAGGAACCCUCAUCGUGCCCGAGUAGCACACAUGUCAUACAAUUUGGCGUUGUCAAACCACAGCGCCGUUGCUCAACAGCAGUGGAUGGCUAAUCAAACCGACUGGCCUCGCUUCAGAACAAAUAACAUGUUAACCACCAAUCUCCCCCGAGUUCACUACGCAGGCGUCGGACAGGCUCAGUCGCCCUAUGCUCCGCCUGUACCUGGGCUCAAUCUGUAUUCGCAGGGGCUGAACCAGCGACAAGCAACAAUCAACCCGAUCAUUACUGACAACUGGACGCGUUUCAUUAAUGAUCCUGUGAUAGCUCACGACACGCUCGGUGAUGAAGAAUAUCAGUCACCAAGUAGCCUCCUUCCAUCAGAACACUGCGAAUGCCAGCGCGAGCCGGGAAGGUCCCCAAAGAGAUGCUAUUUGCACUAUUGAUUCUGUCCUUCUCAUAUUGUACUUUCGCCAUGUUCUUUCCUUUCAUAUUUACUUGGGUCGAUUACAAUCGGUUAUUGGAAAGGCAUAGGGUGCUUGUUUCGGCGUCAAUGCUUUCAAUAGUGGCAUUAUACCCGCAUUAGCCAUCUCGAGAACAGGACCAGAUUCGGUGAACUUCACGAAGUUGGAGUUGGCUUGGAUUUCACAGGUAGCAUUCAGGACAUGGGUAGAUUUCACAGCGCAAUUCGUGCGACACGUCAGCGUAAUCCAAUAGCAGAAACGUGC